AUGGAAUCAAGCGACGAAGAUGAUAUAAUAGAUGCAUUCUUCAGAGGUGAGAUGCCAAAGAAGCAUAAAAUCCAGCCAAAACCAAAUUUAACAAUAGUUAAGAACGUUUCUGCAAAAGAUGAAGAAAUCAAUUUUAAACGAGAAGUAAUUGAUGAUUUAACAUCAAAUAGAAUCGCAACUGAACGAAAGAUAUUGACUGAAUUCCUUAAUACACCCGUUGAAGAGAUUGAUGAUACAUUAGGAAUAGCUGAAACUGAAGAAAUUCAAGAUGGCAAGCCUGAACAUAAGAAAAUUUAUAAAAAAUAUGAAUUUGACAUCCCACGACAAAAACUUCCAAUAGAUUCUAAGCAUAAUCAGAUCCUUCAAACUAUUAAAACGAAUAAAAUAACAAUAUUAAAAGCUGAUACAGGUGUUGGAAAGAGCUCACAAGUUCCACAAUACAUACUGGAAGAUUGCCAAAAACGUAACAUUCCAUGCAACAUAGUCAUUACACAGCCAAAGAAAAUUAGUGCUGAGAGUCUCGCAACUCGAGUUGCUUUUGAGAGAAAAUGUGAAGUCGGUAGUUUAGUUGGAUAUCAAGUUGGUCUGGAUAAAAAAAUUAAUGCUGAAGAUACACGAAUUUUGUAUUGCACAACCGGAGUCUUCUUACAGAAACUCGUUCAUUAUAAAAGUUUGCAGAAAUGGACACAUAUUGUCAUUGACGAGAUUCACGAAAGAGACUUGGAUAUGGAUAUGGUUCUACUAAUCAUUCGACGUCUGAUGGUCGCAACAAACUCUAAAACAAAAAUUAUUCUUAUGUCUGCAACAUUAAACUGUGAUAAAAUUGCUGAUUACUUCCAAAUUUUACAUCGUCCACCGGUAAUUAAUUUAAACGUCCCAAAGCCAUUUCCAGUAAAGAUUCAUUAUCUCGAUGAAUUGGAGCAUUUAGGAAAUGUUAAAGAAAAUAUUGAUUUAGAUGAUGCAGGCAUAGAUAGGAAUGUAAUGAGACUUGGGGCUGAUAUCAUUGAUUUCUUUUGUCAGAAAGGUGCUGACUCAUUUCUCGUCUUUCUGCCUGGAAUUUAUGAAAUUGAAUGCUUUCAUCGUGAAUUAAGUAUUAAAAGAGAAAAAUUUGAUAUUCGAGACUAUCAAGUCUUUAUUCUCCAUUCAUCGAUUCCACUUACUAACUUUAAAAGUCUCUAUGACACAUCGUUAAAGAAUAAAGUCAUUCUAGCCACAAACAUAGCAGAAAGUUCAAUUACAAUUCCUGGAAUUCGCAUAAUUAUUGACUUUUGCUUGACGAAAUAUCUCGAAGUUGACAGCGCUUCAAGCUUAACACAAUUAAAACUGGCUUGGGCAUCAAAAAUGAAUUGUGAACAACGUGCUGGACGUACAGGAAGAACAAGUUUUGGUCAAGUAAUAAGAAUGAUGUAUAAAGAACAAUAUGAGCAACUUCCAAACGAAACUAAAGCUGAAAUGCAGCGAACAUCGUUAGAAAAUGUCAUUUUAAAAAUUAAGAAGUUAGAGAUGGGAAAACCUACAGACAUAUUAGCUAUAGCAUUAGAUCCACCAACAAGAACUGGAAUUAUUGAUGCAAUUUUAAUGCUUAAAGAAAAUGGAGCACUAACAAGAUUCAAUAAGAGACAGAAAGAGUUUGACUUCCUUGAUGGAAAUUUGACAUUUACAGGAGCAAUAAUGAGCAAGCUUCCAAUGGAUAUACGUUUAUCGAAGCUUGUCGUUCUUGGAUAUGCCUUUAGUGUUCUUAAUGAAUGCAUAAUCAUAGCUGCUGGGCUAAGUGUUGGAACAAUUUUCAUUCACGAUAGCAGCAUGAACAGCUAUGAGACGAAACUUAAUCAUGACUCAACGAGUGACUUGAUAGCAAUACUGAAUGCUUACUAUAAGUACACAGAAUGGAUCAGAAACAAUAAUAAUGAGAUAAAACCCCAUAUACAGGAAGAAUGGUGCAAGCGACAGAUGAUAAGCUAUAAGAAUAUUAAGGAAAUGAUGAAGCAAAUUACGGAUAUAAAGCACAGACUUCAUCAAUUUAACAUAAUUAACGAUAAUUUCCGAUACACAACUGAAGAGAAACUCAUAGCCAUUAAAUUCUGCAUUGCUGGUGCUUUUUAUCCCAACUUUUAUACAUUCGGUGGAGACAUUCCAGGACGAGAAGAAUUUAAGCAUGUCUUCAACAAAAGUUUGUUGUCAACUGUCUAUUUUCAAACAAAAAUGUCGACUAAAAAUGGCCACUUGUAUGAAGAACAGUUAAGAGAACUUCUAUAUAAGAACGAAAUUACGAAUUGUGCAGACGAUGCUUCUGUAACUUUUGACAGCAAUUCACAAAAAGUCUAUGUCGAAUUUAACAAUUUAAGGAACGACUGUGAAGUAAAAAUGCCAGGUGAAGUUAAAUUGGAAGUUUAUCGAGGGCUUAAAUAUCGAUCUCUAAAGCAUAACAAUGACAUGAUCUUGUACAUGAUGAGUCCUGAAAAUGAAGAGAUUUAUUCGCCAUCUGAGGAAGUUAUUGACUUGUACAAUGAAAGUUCUGUUGGACAUGAUUUGAAGUUAAAGGCUAAAUUCAGCAUAUUUCCUAAUCUAUCGAUUAAACUGAGUGACAAAGGACAGUAUUUAUGGGGUGACAUUACUCAUAUUCAAUCUCCAAGCAGAUUCUACUUCCAACCAAAGAAAGCCAUCAACUCAAUAGACAAAAUGAAAAAAGUCAUUGGAACUAAUCUAAAGUCAAUCACAGAUUUUGAUGGACUAGAUGAAAUUAUUGAUAAUAAAAUUAUGGUUUUUAACGAAAGCAUCUAUAAGCGUGGAAAGAUUGUUGAAUAUCCAAAAGAAAACGAAAUCGUGUUUAAAGUUCUCUUGAUUGAUUAUGGAAAUAUUAUUGACUGCACAGUCUAUAGCUUUUUUACUGGAAUAGCUGUAAAGAUUGAUCAACGACAGGACAUUAUUCGAUCGUUCUUUAAAUUACCACCUUUAUGUUAUGAAUGUAAACUAGCAGAAAUUCAACCGACAGCAACACAACAAUAUGGAUGGAGUAAGAAGGCAAUUGAUGGAUUUAAGGAAUUGAUUAAUAAUAAAAUUAUUCAAUUAGAUUUAUAUUCAUUUAAUGCUUACGAUAAGGUUGCAUAUGUUCAGGUUUAUGCUAAGUCUAAUCCAACAUCUGCACCAAUUAAUGUUAAUUCAAAGUUGGUCCAUAAAGGACUUGCAGUCUAUUCUAACGAGUCGUAUGUUGCCAUGAUCUCAAAAACAUUAAAUGACAAUUCUCAAGGUAUGAAAUUUGCAAUUCAUAAAGAAACUAAGGAUGUCAAGUAUCCAGAAAGACUACUUGAUAUCGAAUGUGAUCUAUUAGGUCCAUUUACGCCACUAGAAAGCACCAAACGCUUAGAGAAAAUUCAUCGAGCACCAGAACGUGACAUAGUCGUUGAUCAUUCAUCAAUUAAUUCUGUUUUAUUGGAUCCAUACCCUCACAAUGGCAUUAAGAAAGUUCUUGUUGCAUCGUCCAAAUCUAAAAGUAAUCGAGGAGUAAUAAACUUGAAGCAAACAACAAUUAUGCCACAAAUGAUAGGAAUGACAUCAAUUUUGACAUUAAUAUUCAGUCCAUAUGCAGAAAUAAGACAUAAUAAGGAAAAGACUCGAUACACAAGCAUUCUCGCUGGUCUUGGGUGUGAUUUUAAUGGAAAAUCAUAUUAUGGCGAGCAUGACUGCAUGGUCAGAACUGAUGUUGAAAUAGAUAAUGAGGAUAUCACGUGGAUUAAUAAUUUACGAAAAGAACUGUCACUUUUAAUGCAACAAAACUUGACUGAACAUUAUGAAUAUCAAUUAAAUCCAGUAAACGUUAUUAAUGAAUCUCGAACACGUGCCUGCUCGUUGUUACUUAAAAUUAUCAAAAAAGAACGCUUGCAACUUGGUCAAGUCUAUGCUGACAAUUUUGAUUGGACUGAAUUAACCAAAAGAGAAAUUUGUGAGCAUUUGAAGAUGUUUGCAUCACUAAAACCAUUUAAGCUUAAUGAAAUACCACGCGAAUCAGUGAAAAGAAUGAUUAAUCAUUUCAAGAAUCUCGAGCAGAAGGAGAAAUACAACAGUAAACACGAAGAAAUUGAAUGCUUAGCUUGCGACGAACGUAUUGAGACAAUAAUUGAUUUAAAGAAUCAUUUACUUACUAUUAAGCAUACAGAACUGAAGGCGAAAUAUGAGGCACUUGAUCGUGAUAGUGGAAACUCUUUUCGUAGUAGACAUUGA